GUCUGUAUCCCCCGCCCCCCGCCCCGCAGCCUCGGCCUUCACCCAGCAAACCCUUCGCGCCUGGCAGCCGAUCCUCACCCCGAAGACCGUCCUGCCGGCCUUCUUCCUGAUCGGCAUCAUCUUCAUCCCGAUCGGCAUCGCCCUCCUGUCGGCCUCCAACUCCGUGUAUGAGAAUAUCAUCGACUACACCAACUGCGACCAGCGCGGUCCCAACUACGAGAACAGUGGCUCCUACCCGGACAUGAAGUAUGAUGUUGCGAACAACAAGUGCUCGGUCCUGUUCGAGGUCGAGAAGGAUCUCACCGGGCCGGUUUACCUGUACUACCGCCUCAGCAACUUCUACCAGAACCACCGGCGCUACGUCAAGUCCUUCGACACGCGCCAGCUCCUCGGCAAGGCCAUCGAUGCCAACUCCCUGGUGUCUGACUGCGACCCCCUGCGCACCGGCGUCCGGGACUCCGACCAGGCCGUCCUGCCGAUCUACCCCUGCGGCCUGAUCGCCAACUCCUUCUUCAAUGACACCUUCUCUUCCCUUAGCUCCACCAGCCCGACCGCCCCCCUGACGUACCCCUGGUCCGACAAGGGCAUCGCCUGGCCUUCGGAUUUGAACAAGUUCCGCCCCACCGAGUAUGGCCCCAAUGACGUCCUCCCUCCCCCGAACUGGUCCAAGUAUGCCGGCGGCUACACCCAAAUCCCCGCCCUCUGGGAGGACGAGCGCUUCCUCGUGUGGAUGCGCACCGCCGGCCUGCCCACCUUCCGCAAGCUCUGGGGCCGCUCCGAUGACGACCUGCCGGCCGGUGUCUACGAGAUGGUCAUCGAGGACUUCUACCCGGUCCGGUCCUUCAACGGCACCAAGUCCGUCGUCAUCAGCACCACCUCCUGGAUCGGCGGCCGCAACCCCUUCCUCGGCAUCGCCUACCUGGCCGUCGGGUCCAUCUGCAUCCUGGUCGGCAUCAUCUUCCUCAUCCGCCAUGUCAUCCGCCCCCGGGCGCUCGGCGACACCGCGCACCUUUCCUGGAACAAGAACAAGUGAUCGCCCAUGUGCGGCCCCCCCCCCCCUGGCAUGCGCAUCCACCCCUUCGUCUUUGCGCCCGGCGCACCCCCUCCCUCGGCCCAGCGCCUCGCGCCCUCUCUCCCUCUCCCUCUCUCUCU